UGGUGAAUGCCAUCACAGGGAAUAAACACGUGCGAUUGCAAGUUCGCUUUAAUUUGUUGUUACUAAAUAAACAUGGGUCGCGGUAAAAAGAAGGUGCACCCAAAAACACGAACAGCGGCCUUUAAGGCGAGCGAACCCAGCGAAAUUGUCGAAGCACCCCACUCCUUCAUCAUACAUCGCGGCCUCUCUUGUCCAUAUAUAUUGGAUUUGACGCUUGAUUUUCGGCGCAUUAUGGAGCCAUUUACGGCGACGAAUUUGCGCGAGAAGAAAAUUAAUCGCAUCAAGGAUUUCGUUAGCCUGAGCAGUUUCUUUCACGUCUCGCACAUGGGCAUCUUCAACAAGGCCUCCACACAGCUAUCCUUCAAAGUGGUCCGCCUGCCCCGUGGUCCCUCGCUAACUUUCAAGGUUCAUCAGUUUACACUCGCUCGGGACGUCAUCUCGUCCAGUAAGAAACAAAUGAUGGAUGUCGAUCACUUUAAGCAUCCGCCACUGGUCAUCAUGAAUAACUUUAGUGGCGAUGGCAAACACCUGAAAUUAAUGGCAACCACAUUUCAAAAUAUGUUCCCAUCGAUCAAUUUGGCCCAGGUGAACAUCGAUACGAUACGACGUUGUGUUCUCUUCUCCUACAAUCCAGAAACAAAGCUGGUGGAGAUGCGUCACUAUUCGGUGCAGGUGGUGCCGGUGGGUUUGAAGCGAUCCGUUCAAAAAUUAGUCAGCGCCAAGUUGCCAAAUCUGAACAAAUGCAAUGAGGUCGUUGACUUUGUCACUAAAGAUGGUUAUGCCUCGGAAUCGGAGGCCGAGGACGAUGAGCAAUCGCAUGUGGUGCUGGCGCAAACCCUGAAGAGCAAGGGCAACCUGGAGGACUGUAAGAGUUCGGUGAAGUUGCAUGAAAUUGGGCCGCGUCUAACGAUGCAGCUGAUUAAGAUCGAGGAAGGUUUGCUGACCGGUGAAGUGCUCUAUCACGAUCAUGUUAUCAAAACCGAGGAUGAGAAGGACACGCUCCGCAAAUUGGUUGAAAAGAAACGUAAACUGAAGGAGCAGCGCAAGAAGCAACAAACCGAGAAUCGUGCACGCAACUUGCAACUGAAGAAGGACCAGGAUAGAGCAGCAAAACGAGCAGAGGCCGAAGAAAAUAAUGUUAGCGAUGAUGAUGAUGCACAAUAUUACAAGGAUGAAGUGGGCGAGGAGCCAGAUGAAGAACUCUUUAAGCACGAAAAUUCAACGUCUCGGAAGAGAACCCGUCUACCCGGCGGCAUGAAGUAUAAAAAUAAGAAACCAAAAGUGGACAACAAAUCUGGCAAGAAGUGGAAAUCCAAGUAGCGCCUGUAAUAACUACAUAUAUAAGCUAUUAUUUUUAUUAAAUGCCUAGUUAUAUAAAUAUA